GUGCGUUUCAGCAGUGCAGUUUCUGUAUAUUAUGACAGAGGGUGCUUGCCAUCUGAGGAGGCGAAGUCUGCCAUCUCUUUGUUAGAGUAUUGUGGAAGAUAUUUACCUGUGUAACAUCUAAGCUGACCGGUAACGCUUGAAGACCACUUCCCUCUCGAAAGAUGCCGAUCGAAACCGAGGACACGACGACUUCUUCCGAAGAUACUCCGAAUGGAGCCGACGGAGAAAUCAGCGAAGAUGCGGUUGUGUGGACGAAAGAGACUAUCUAUGAAAUGAUGCGGAGUCGGUCUCGGGACCAGAACUUCCACUUUGUGGGGAGGGACAUUGUUAUAACGGAGAGGAACGUUGGGGACAUGACGGCUAUUGGGACCAAACUGUGGACAACGGCUGACGUGUUCAGUCAAUACUUGGAGAGCGGUGUCUUCCCUCUGAAGGAUAAGAAGGUGAUAGAACUGGGCUCUGGGACGGGGCUGGUCGGGAUUGUCACAAGUCUGUUGGGUGCUGAUGUGACCUUAACUGACCUUCCUGACAUCAUCUAUAACCUUGAACCUAACGUGGCGAUCAACACCCGUGGAGUUGAGCACCCUCCCACCGUGUGCCCUCUAGCAUGGGGCGUGGAUCUGCAGGCUUUCCCCAAGGCAGCGCACUAUGACUACGUCAUCGGGAGUGACCUUGUGUAUGACGCGGAGGUUUUUGAAGGAUUGAUUCAGACCAUAAAAUACCUGAGCGAUUCAAAAACAACCAUUUUGCUGGGUUUCCACCUGCGUGUUCCUGACCGAGACCUAAAGUUUCUAAACAUGUUCACAAAAGAGUUCAACGUUGUUAAAGAACACGAGCUGCCCAAUCAGGGCAAAGCUGUCCGACUGUACGAGGCCAGAACAAAAUAACUGACCACGUAUAUAUAUAUGAAUGAAUGAAUUUUAUUGCUCAACAACCGCACAAGGUACAAUGUAUGGCAACCAAUAACAACUAUUAGCUAUAUAGACAAUAGGCCUGAGGCUACACACAGAACAUAGAAAUAUUAUCAAUAACAGCAGAUUAAUGUAUGAGUGAUCUGGUCUCGCAGUUGGAAUAAAGUAUAGACAAAUUGACCUAGGUAGACGGAUAUAUGAGUUGAACAUGAUAGCAGUAUGAAAAUAUCGUUCUGUGUACCAGUAAAGGAGAUGUGUGUUUUGGUUCUAAUAUUCGUAAAGAAUGCUUCUCUAUGAAAUUUCACGUGUAAAUGUUUAUGAUGCAUGUUACAGCCCCAGUGGCAUUCUUCGCACGAUGGGUGUACGGCUGCAAAUUGGUGACAUUCCUAUAUAGGACAGUCGUGUAGGAUUCGUACAGUUGUAUUGGGAUAAAAAGAAGAUUGUCGCAGAUGCCCGUUCACUGUCUUUCAUAGCCUUACUGAAAGCUAUACUUAAAAAUAGUUGUAAAAUUACGACUCUGGUGUUUCAUCCUAUUUUAGUUUGUACACUGGCCUUGUUGUAGAUAACUCGCAAGAAUCAUGAAGUAUUUUUCUAUGCAAAUAAACAUAAAAUUACAGUGAUUAAGGACGGGAUAGAAGGAAUAGAUAAGGAACAAGCUUUCCUGUGUGACUG